AUGAGUGGAGCAGGCGCAGUUCAUCAAUAAUUAUAAAAAACCUUGGAUGUCGUUUAAAGAGGAUUUGAAGAAAUAGUCUAGAAUAUUCCUAAGCAAUAUCAUGAACAAUGUAUGAGUUAAAAUGGCAAAAAUAUUGAGAAAUAUGCACAAUGUAUGUAUCAGAGAAGCAAAAAUGUUGAUAAGUAAAUGAAGGCCUUUGAUUUUAAAAUGCUCUUUAUGGGAAUUCAAUUUGAAUAAUGUAUCAAGACAUCUUCAUAAGACUAAUGUAUUUAGAAUGCAAAAUCUACUGUUGAAGGAUUUAUUAAUGAUUUUUAGAAGAAUGUUAAAUGAAUAAUUAAUCUAUUCAUGUUAUAUAUAUGUAUCUAUUGCAGUUAUAA